AAGAGAGAGGAGAGACGCGAAGCUUUUGACAGCUCAGGAGAAGGAUUGUGCCUUGAGAUCAACGCUUCUGAUGCAGUUCUCGAGGAGGAGCCCUUGUCCUCUGUUGUAGUCAAAACAACGAAGCAAGAAAAUCACAUUUUUGCCGAAUCCAGAGGUAUGGAUCUUCGACUGUUGCUGUUUGCAUUGGCACUGGUGUCAGUGACUGAUUCUUUUCCUACAAGUUCGGCUCCACCAGAGAGACCACAGAUUGUUAAAUGCCGAUCCCCUGAAAUGGAAACAUUUUCAUGCUAUUGGACUGUUGGCAAUUUCCCUAAUUUCACAACUCCAGGAACAUUACACCUGCUGUAUUCAAAACGGCAGGCUGGAGUGGAAGAAUUGAGAGAAUGUCCUGAUUAUGUAACUUCUGGUGAAAACAGCUGUUAUUUCAACACAAGCUACACUUCCGUUUGGGUUCCAUACUGUAUCAAGCUGGCUGACAAAACCCAGAUGUAUGAUGAAAAAUGUCUGCGUGUGGAGGACAUAGUGAUACCAGACCCUCCUGUUGGACUCAACUGGACUGUGCUGAACACCAGCCCAAUAGGCAUCCAUACCGAUAUCCUAGUCACCUGGAAGCCUCCACCUUCUGCAGAUGUCAAGAAUGGAUGGAUCACACUCAACUACCACCUCCAGUACAGAGAAGUCAAUGAGACAAAAUGGAUUGAGCGGGAAGCAAAGGAUGCAACAAAAAUUCCAGUGUAUGCUUUGAAGACAUGCCGUGAUUAUGAGAUACGAAUCCAAGCAAAAGCCUCAGGGGGAGUUUAUGGGGAGUUCAGUGAAGUACUUUAUGUGUCUUUCGGCUCAAUGGGACUGGUACCAUGUGAGGAAGAAUUACCAGUUCCUUGGCCUUUGGUGAUGGCCUUUGGAACCCUGGGCCUGAUGGUGAUGCUGUCGCUGGUUCUCUUUUCCAAACAGCAGAAGUUGAAGAUUCUGAUUCUUCCUCCUGUUCCAGUGCCCAAGAUUAAAGGAAUUGAUCCAGAUCUCUUAAAGAAAGGAAAACUGGAUGAAGUCAAUUCCAUCUUAGCCAGUCAUGGAAGCUACAUGCCCCAGCUGUAUGGGGAGGACUCUUGGGUGGAAUUUAUUGAGCUGGAUAUAGAAGAGAAUGAAGAGAGGACCGAAGGCUCAGAUACUGACAGGCUGCUUGGUGAUGACCACCUGAAGACCCAUGGUUGCCUGGCAGUAAGAGAUGAUGAUUCUGGCCGAGCAAGCUGCUGCGAACCUGAUAUCCCCGAAACUGACUUCAGCGUGAGUGAUACAUGUGAUGGAACCUCAGACAUCGACCAGUCCAAAAAGACAAGUGACAAAGAAAAAGAUCUAUUGUGCCUUGAACAAAAAGACAGUGAGAAGCCAUCGUCAAGCUUUGAUGAAUCACCAACUCAGCUGUCACCUGAUAAUCCAGCCAAAACCCAGCAGCCAAAAGCGCAUGCUUCUGCCACUGACAGUAAUGAGAUGACAAGCCCACCAGUUCAAACCCAGCUAAGCAACCAGAGUUCAGUGGCAAACAUUGACUUUUAUACACAAGUGAGUGACAUUACACCAGGAGGAAGUGUUGUGCUCUCCCCAGGGCAAAAAAUGAAGAUGGCAAAAAUCCAAAGCGAGGCUGGAAAGGAACCAGUUACACAAUGCCAACCAAGCAUUGCCAUGGACAGUGCAUAUUUCUGUGAAACAGAUGUGAAAAAAUGUGUCAUUGUGCCACCUCAUAAAGAGGCUGAGCCAGAAGUUCAAGACCAGAGCUUUUCUGAGGGUGCUUACAUUGUCACCGAGAGCCUUACCACUAGUGCUGUGAACCCUGUGACUGCAGCAGAAGACGAAGAAUUACCAGAAAGUUCUGAAAUGCCAGUGGCAGACUAUACAUCCAUUCAUGUAGUACAGUCUCCACAAGGCCUUGUGCUCAGCGCAACAUCUCUCCCUGUGCCAGACAAGGAAUUCAUGGUGUCAUGUGGUUAUGUGAGCACAGACCAGCUUAACAAAAUCCUGCCCUAGCCUUCUCAUCACUGACUGUGAAAAAUAAUAUCACCUUCUUCAGUUCCUCAAUCCGUAUCUCCAUCCAGCUCCAAAGAAUAUAUGAGGCUCUUUAAGAAGAGGAGCUCCCCAAUUCACUUCAGUAUUACAAAAAGCUUCUCAUGUUUUCAAAAUAUUGCUGACACUUUCAUGAAUGGGGAAGUUCAUGCUCAUGGGGAGCUCCAUGAACUUACUGGAGUCUUUGCAUAUUCAUUUGGAGCCUUUCAGUUGGGAUGUAAAUGUCAUAGAGUUGGCUUGGGUAUGUGUAUGCUUAAAUCACAACAAACGUGUUCAGUAUUGUUUAAAAAGUGAUGGUGUGGUCCCUCCCACUGUAAUGUUGAAUCAAUCACAGUAUUGUUGUUGUAUCUUGUAAGUAUUGUCUUAAGAAACAUUGCUGGAGCUGGUUCAAUAAUACUGGAUGUCUUUUGUUAUUGUAGGUGUUGAUUUGAGGUUUUUCAGAAUACAUUGGAUGGCUUUGUAGAUGUGUCAUAAAUCAUUAUUCAUCAGGAAGCUAGUGUCAAAUGUUAUUUUCAGUUUGAACAGUUUGUGUUCAAUCACAUCAUAUGCUGAGAGGUUUAUACUAGCAAUUGGAGAAUGAACCAUUGGGUAAGGAAGCAAAAAUAGCUUGGUUAAAUAAUACAUUUAUUUUGAGUUAUAUAAAUAGCAAGCCUAUUUUAAUACUUUAGACAAGCAGGCAUGGAUAUUUUAUAUUUACACUGCACCAUGUAGUUUAAUUAUAAUGAUCCAUCUAUGGAAUGUAUGUGCUGCAAUUAUUGUAGCAUGUUUUUUUAAAGAAUAUAAGGAGAGAGUUAUUUUUACACAACAUUUUUAUACGUCCAGAAAAGCUAUAGAGAUCUAAAUUUUCAACACUACUUUACUGGAGCCUGUAUGUUUAAAAAAACUAUAUUUUUGCAUUUUGUAGCAAACCACAAUGUGUGCAACAAACUAAAUAUUUCUGUCAUCAUUUAGUUGUUGUACUAACAUAUUGUGCAGUCUAUAUACCAGUAGAAACUAAAAGUAGUUUUGAUUUUUCAGGACCUUUUAGGAAUAUAAUUACAUUUUGAUGGAAUAUUGGGAAAUAAGCACUGGUAACUUGACAACAUCAUUCUUCACAAUGAAUUCUUUUAACACCCUUAUCAGAAAAUUACUAAUAGACUCAGCACUAAAAGUCAAUAAAAGCUGAGUCAGAAAGAUUAUUUUGAAACUCAGACUCUGAAUGAAAUGAAGUUACAGAACUCAGCACAGUAUUUUUAGCAAUGCAAUAUUAUUUUAUUUUGCAUAUUCUGCACACAUUGGAUGGAGGAAGGCCUGAAAGGAGUAGUAAAGCUUAAGUCUUAUUUGAGUGGGUUUCUCAAGGUACGCCUUAACAAUCUCAAUUUUUGUUUACAAAACUAAGGGUUACAAGCAACAGUUUUCCAAACAUACCUGUUUGUUUUAACCAUGCUGCCUUUCAGACAGGCAUCAUUGCAGAACUGGGUCAACAGGAAGCCAUUUCUGAAUCAAGACCUGAAGCAUUUCCAGCCCAAAGUUCCUUAGAUCACUGAAAGUGAGCUGAGAGCCUAAUGCACAGCAUCAAACCCCAAACUCCCUAUUGCAAUUCCUCAGGUUGUACAUGACUGCCUUAGCAACGAGUCAAAUCAUUGGUCCAUCUAACCCAGUUCAGUCUAUUCUAAGUCUUGGCAGUUUUUGCAGAUCUUCAGCUGAAACUUUAUAGCUGGUGUUUUAAUGGAAAUGCUAAGAAUCAAAGCUGGGUCUUCUGCAUGCAAAUCAUAUGCUUUUCCACUGAAUUGGGAACUCAUCAAUUGUAGCUAUGCAGAUAAACAAAGUAAUGGACAAGGUGGUACAGAUAUGCAUAAAACUGGCUGCUGGCUCUGUUCACACUACUGUAUACACAUACAUAUAUGUGUACAAACUCACAUUUGUGUGUUGACCUUAAGUGAAUUUAAAAGUAAGAGAAUAAUUCUUAGAUUAAUGGAGAUUAUUUCCGCUGUUGUUCCCUUAGAACAGGAACAGGCCACUGGAAGCUGUGACCUUUUUUUAAAAAAAACUGUGAUAAUAAUGCACAGGGUGUAUGGGAUGUCAGCACCUUCCAAAAAUAUGUUUUUACUAAAGUUAAAAAUGUUGCCUGUUUCUAUUUGUUUUUGUUUUUUUAGCUGCGAUGAAGUCCAGAGCUGGACCCUCAUGUACCUUUGCCAACUUUUGCCUUAGGCUGCAAUGCUAAACAACAAAAUUGUGCAAUUGACCCUUAUGAAAACAGACUUUGAAGUCUCCCUCUCAACAUUAAAUGAAAGUUUACCUUCAGGUGAUACUAAGCAGGAGAGAGAGGAUAAUGACAUUUAUAUAAUUAUCUAUAGAUGUUACCUAUUGAGAAGAAUAACUAGAUGAAAAGGGUAACUAGAGGCAGCUGAUGAGGAAGGCCAAUAUCACCUUCUAAGGGGAUUCUGUUCUAAGUAUCACCUGCAUCUCAGUGAGCAAAACUCCAUAUAAGUAGAUCACAGAAACCUAUUGGUGAUCUGGUUUUUUUUUAGUGACAUCAAGACAAUAAUUGUGAACCUUAAAAAUCUCAGCACCUUUAAUUAUCUGAGGAAGUAGACUUAUGCUGUGUCUACAUAGGCCAAAUAAUGUAGACACACCUUUCUUCUACUAGAGGGAAUCUGCAUGACACACAGCUAGAUUUCCAGUAGAAAUGCUGCAUCCAGUCAUUAACAUGUUUUAAAGGGGAAAUUGGAUUUACCCCAGGGCUUCCUGGAAGCUUUGGGGUGAUCUCAGAGUUUUGGAAUUGUGGAUAGCUGAGUCUGAUCUAAUCCUCCGUCCACACAUCCAAUGGACCCACUGCUGCAUUGCUAGCUCAAUGGCAGAGGCUUGCUUGUUAUGUCAUUCUGGUACUCCCAGCAAUGUGACUGAGAAAUGCAACAUCACCAGCAUGUGUCUGCUAGGGGCUGGUGAUGCAGUUUUUUCAUCAAUAGCCCCAAUGUGUGCUUAGUCCAGUCGGCUUUCUGGCCAACCAAAAGGGCUCUGGGGCCAUUCCCAGCCUGUACUGGGGUAGCUUCAGAGUGGUUUACCCUGAAUUAAUCAAGAAAAUGUAGACAUGGUCUUAUUCGACAAAGGCUUAUCCUACUAAUGUUUUUCCCUCAGUCUCUUAAGGUGCUAUGAGAUCCCUUUGCAUACAUCUUGAACCAUAUAAGCAAGCCUUGAGAAAUGUCAGUUAGUGACUCUGCCAUGCUUAAGUGUUUUAAAGGGAAGAAUGUAGUCGGUAAGAAAUCAUUAUUUACUUCUGAAAUCAAUUGUUUCACAUAGCUUACUAUUUUUAAAAAUAUAUCAAUGUUUUAAACAGUAAAUAUAAGCAAUGAAGUUGUCUUCUCAAUGGUUAGAACUGGGAAAUUCUGUAUCUGGCUUGUACUUUUAAGAUGAUGUAUAGUAUACUGCUAAGUUGCUGUUACAUUCUUUUUUCUAACAGCUGCUUUCUUUAGCUUUAGGCAUUAAUGCUGUUAAGCUAUGUAAGUCUCUCUUGAGACAAGGGAAUAUUUUGCUACAUUUCUCUGGACAAAGUGUUUCAAUCACCAAAAACUAGUUAAAUACCUCAAUCAAUCUCAGAAUGUCAUUUUGGUACUUCACUGGUUACACAAAUCAUUACACAACAGUAUGGAAAUUUGUGUCUUUCUGUUUAUAUUAAACUUGCUUUAUGUCAGUGUUCUCAUUUCCUUCUCAAAGUUUAAUAAAUUUAUUUUCUUCAA